AUGUCUCAACCAACAACAACGACAACAACUUCUUCUACCAUUUCAACACACCAAAUCACUGUUAACUCAACCAAAGAACAAACAUCAGUCGAUGUUUUACUAUUCAAUUUUGGAAGGUUACAAAGUAAUCCAGAUGUUAAGAAACAUGAACUUGGUAUUUUGAAUAAACUGGCCAGCUUUCAAGAAAGACAAGUACCAAAUGUUACUAAAGAUGGAAAUGAUUGGAUUAUGAUGCAGCCUGUUGGAGAACAAUCAAAAACCACCACCCUUCACACUAUGCAAGCAUCUUGGAUAUUCUUUUUAGAAUACACAAUCAAGGAAUCAUUCAUCGUCAUCAAAGAACCAUUCAAAGUCGAGCCUCGUGACGACAUUGAGUCGCUUGUGAAGACUCUCAUCAUGAUGAUCUACCCCGCGAUACAAACCACAAUCCGAUCAGUCAAAAUGAAUGAAUACGGUCAUUUGUUAAGCGCAUGGAAAUCAUUAUCAUUGCCUUCAUUCCUCAUUGACCUCCUCGGUUAUUCAAGAUUAACAGACCCGUCCCAACUUAGAGACGCACUUUUGAAUUCUCCCCAGACAUCUUCAUCAUCAACCAAAAUUUAA